UCUGAGCCCCCCAGUUUCUCUCCCCCAGAGAACCGGCUGCUGCCCACGGAGCUGCGGCACGAGGCGCUGGCACUGCAGAAGGAGCUCGAGUUUGAUUUCGAUGCACCAGGGGAUGCUGAGAACAGCCAGGAUGAUGAGUACAAGUGGGCGGGGCUGGAGCCCCCCAAGGUGAUGGUGACAACCUCGCGUGACCCCAGCGCCCGCCUGCGCCUCUUUGCCAAGGAGCUGUGCCUGCUGUUCCCGGGGGCGCGCMGGAUGAACCGGGGCCGUGCCGAGCUGGGGGCUCUGGUCGGGGCCUGCCGGGCCGCGGGGGUCACCGACCUGCUGGUGCUGCACGAGACCCGCGGGCGGCCUGGUCAGGAAUGCGAGGGGGACGCGGCCGAUGUGGAGUGGCGCUGGCACCCGUACACGGCCACGGCCCCCAAGCGCCGCCUGCUCAGCGCCACCUGAGCCCCCCAGGACCCUCCCGAGCACCUGGAGAAGCCCCCUGGGACCCUCCCGAGCACCUGGAGAAGCCCCCUGGGACUCCCCCGGGCAGGUGGGACCCACCCGGAGACCUGAGAACACCCAGGGAGCAGGAACCUGCCUGGGUGCCUGGGAAUUCCCCGGGUUCCAGGGCUUUCUGGGGACCCUCGGGGAU